GGGCUACGCGGCCCAGCCUGCGCAUUGGCGCACUGUUUCUAUAGAAGUGGAGAAAGUGUUGAUGCAGGCAUGACUUUUUCUGACACAUUGCUUGUUGAUUGGCCCAGAAGGAGUUUCACCACAAUUAAACCAAAGUAAAAGUGGAAGACAGCGUCAAUCUUUCCUGUGAAAGCCAGGGUUUUGCGUCUUUGGGGGGGAAAAAAAUAAAAAAUAAAUAAAAAUAAAAACAAGUGGACCAUCUAGCCCACGCAGCAUCUGCGUUUUUGGAGCAUUUCUGAGGAACUACACAGCUAUUUCUGUCCCGAAGCUUAUAUAAAUGUUGUAAAUGGCGAGCGACAACUCUUUCUCAAUACACAGCAUUUUAAAUCGAGGGCUUGAUUCUCAGAGAAAUACUCGACUCUCCCGGGAAUACAGCGACGAGCUUGUGAAGGCAGAGCUUCUCGGAAGGGUAGAAGGAAUAAGCUGUCCCGGAUCCGCUCAGUGUCGCAGCGGCCAUGAGGAUGGAAGCAGACAGGAAAGCAUCGUGUAUGGACACAGCAGGGUCGCUCCCUGUGCGCUCGACCUCGACACAUCAUCAGACAGACAGUCCUGUGGAGAGGAGUCUACAGGAGAGGAGACAAUGCACACAGAAAACAGACAAAAUCUUGAUGUGCAAGUUCCAGAUCUGGAGCGAGAGAAGAGAGAGAGCUGUGCUUUUACUUCGGAUCAUCACCCGAAAGCCAGUAAGAAGCGGUGCCGAGCCGCUUUCUCGCACGCGCAGGUGUGUGAGCUGGAGCGCCGCUUUAACCUGCAGCGCUACCUGUCCGGCCCGGAGCGCGCGCACUUGGCAGGAGCGCUCAAGCUCACCGAGACGCAGGUGAAGAUCUGGUUCCAGAACCGCAGGUACAAAACGAAACGGCGACAGAUGGCGGCUGAGCUCGCAGCUACCUCGGCGUCCACGCUGGCCAAGCGAGUGGCAGUGAGAGUGCUAGUGAAGGACGACCAGAGGCAGUACGGAGCGGAUGAUUUCCUCCCGCCUCACUAUCUGCGCCUGUACCAGUCGUAUCAGUGCUGCCCUUACAUGUACUGCGUUCAGCCCUGGAUCUCGAACAGCGCGCUCAAUGGAAACCUGUACUGACACCUUCCCAUGCUUUCACACACACACACACACACACACUCAUACACACACACACACGCACGCACACAGCAAGCGAGACGGGUUUUUAUUUUCAGUGAUUUAGGACAUGGAAGAGCGCGUGCACCGUUCAUUUUUCUAAGCUACAUGGGUGAUAAGACUCCAAAGAUAUAACGAUCUGCUUGAACGAUGGCUUUUGAUUUUUGUUCUGAGAAAUGAAACCAUAUUAUUACUAUGUAUUUAAGAGAUGCAAGUAAGUGCCUAAAUUUUUUGUCUGACAGCGAAAAUAAUUGCUAAAAUGUUUUAUUAUGCCUUCUGUGAUUUAUUUCUAUUCCCCUUGUGAACUAAUGAGCCGCUGUCAUAUAAAAAGUUUACUCUGCACACACUGAAUGAACUGAGUUUUCCAUCCAGGCUGGUUUAUUGGAAGUUUGACAUAGUUAACCAAUAAAUAAACCUAAAUCACA